UAGGGAUUUGGCAACCCGGUUUUUACGGUGAAAUUGGCGUAGUGACUUGUGCUUCAAAUUGAGUGAUUUUUGCACAUUUUAUAGCCGCUUUAUGUGAGGAAAAAAUGAUCUUUAUUUAACGCGGAAGCUGCAGCGGUGGAUCUAAUAAACAUGGAUUAUGGGAGGCGUGGUGGACACGCCGACGAGGCGGCCGGUACUGACGGCGAGGACCACGAUUACAGAGACGUGGACUAUCGCAGGCACGCGCAGGACGGUGGACCGAUCCCGAACGACGCCUCCGACUUCAGAGGGCAGGACGGGCGCGGCCCCUCGAAUUCCUUCGGCCCUGAGGAUUUCAGGAAGGAUCGAGAUGAUUCUGAGCGCUACAGACGCCGAUCGGAGUCGAGAGGCGACUGGAGGAGAGAGGAAGGCAGGAGGCACCAGUGGAGGGACGAUGACGGCGAGAGGAAUUACAGAUCGGAGACCGGCGUGGACGAUUCCGAUCUUCAGGGUCACGACUACAAACUGCAGAAACCCAGCACCAUCAUCAUGCUCAGGAUGCUUCCACUCAACAUCAACACCACAGAGAUCCGAGAUCUGCUCCACGCCGACGGGUUCGAAGCUCGAGACGUUCGUCUCAUGAGGAACAAAUCUUCAGGUCAGAGCCGAGGAUUCGCCUUCAUCGAGUUUAAUCACUUGCAGGAGGCCUCACGCUGGAUGGAGACCCAUCAGGGAGAGCUGACCGUUAUGGGACGGAAAGUGUCCAUGCACUACAGCGACCCCAAACCGUGUGCUAAUGAGGACUGGCUCUGUAAUAAGUGCGGAGCUCAGAACUUCAAACGCAGGGAGAAAUGUUUCAAAUGUGACAUUCCACGAUCAGAAGCCGAGCUGAAACUGCCCCUGCUGGAUUUCCCUCUGGGCCGGAUGAAGGAAUCGCGGGGCUUACUGCCCCUUCCCGACAUUUACCGCAGACCCGCCCCCCUCCUGAACCCGCCCGCUCUGCCUCAGCCUGUAGAGGUCGCCAACGAUACUCUGAUCAUCAGGAACUUGGGUCCUCACACCACGGUGGAGACCAUCCUAUCCUCCCUGGAGCCUUUCGCCACCCUCUCGGCCUCCAACAUCCGUCUCAUUAAAGACAAGCAGACGCAGCUGAACCGAGGAUUCGUCUUCAUACAGCUCGCCAGCAUCGUGGAAGCCGCUCAGCUGUUGCAGAUCCUCCAGGCCCUUCAGCCUCCGUUCUGCAUCGACGGGAAGAACGUCACCGUGGAGUUCGCCAAGGUGUCCAAACGGGAGGCGAGUGUGAAUGACAGCAGUCGUGCCGCUGCAGUAGCCAGUACAGCCAUCGCUGCAGCUCAGUGGGCCGUUUCACAGCUCGCUACAGGUGGAGAUGUGAACGUGUACCAGCAGGGGGCAGCGAUGUACGAACAUGAGGGCGCACAAGCUGGCAGCACCAGUGAGUCGGGCUUCGUCCCCAAUCUUGCUUUGGGGUUAAUGGGCGCCUAUGAUGGGAGAGCGGCUCAAGCCGCUGUGGUUUCCACGGUAACCGAAGCUCCGGCGGUGGGUUCGUCUGCGCUAACCCAGACCGCACUGCCCCAGGUGGGGACGGUCGGGAAUCACCCUGCGACCCCGGGUACAGCGUACGAGCUGAAGAAGUACCCUGAUCCUGACAUCUCCACCUAUCAGUACGAUGAGAGUUCAGGUUAUUAUUACGAUCCUCUGACCGGACUUUACUACGACUCCAGCUCACAGUACUACUAUAACUCUCAGACUCAGCAGUACAUGUACUGGGACGGAGAGAAACACACCUACAUCCCUGCAGCUACUGACCCCGCCGCUACAUCCGCCGCCCCGACCACGCCCACCGACUCCUCCACUCCAGCCAAGGACAAGAAGGACAAACCCAAAAACAAAACGGCCCAGCAGAUCGCUAAAGACAUGGAGCGCUGGGCUAAGAGUUUAAACAGACAGAAGGACAGCGUUCGCUCCGUCUCUGCUCUCAUGCACUCGCGGUUAGCUGAUGAGAGGAGAGAAUCCGCCAGCGCCGACGCUGGAUACGCCGUGCUGGAGAAAAAGGGAGCUUUAUCGGAGCGGUCCCUCCUCCUGACUGAGCAGUUAAACGCACCUGACGAUCGAGAGUGUCUGGCUCCUGUUCCGGGUUCGCUGGUGUACAGAGGGCAGGAGGAAGGUGGAGGAGAGGAGGAUGAUGAUGAUGGGGGAGAGAGGGAGGAGAAGUUGACCGACUGGGUGAAGUUGGCUUGUUUACUGUGUCGGCGACAGUUUCCUUCCAAAGAGGCUUUAAUUCGACACCAGCAGCUUUCUGAUCUACACAAGCAAAAUCUGGAGCAGAGAAGAUCUCGACUGGACAACAUGCCAGGACAGAUGAGGUUCAGGAACGGCGCGGGUUCGAGGCACGAGAACAACUACUCCGAACAGCCGGACAUCAAACGGAGGAAAUACAGCCCUAUGUGACCCCCACCCCCCUCUCCGUACCCCCCUACACACACACACACACACACACACACACACACACACACACACACACACACACUUUCAUCACUCAUCACCACAAUGGAGUUGUGUACGGAUUAUACAUCAGAUCACAUGGCCGAGUCACACCGACAUAAUAAAUCUAGCAUUUCAGUCUAUAGGAGAAAGUUUGUGAACCCUUCAGGAUGACCAUCAAUCCUGCAUCAGAAUAAAACAUCAGGUUCAGCUGUUUGGAAUCAUGGUGAACGUUACUCCCACCGAGAUCCAGGGUUCAGUACAGACACACGAUUGGCUGUAAGUGGGUGGGUGGUUUCUGUCCUGGGGUCAGGGAUGAAUUGGCGUCAUGUCCAUGAGUCGUGUGAAGCUGGUUUUUAGGUGUGGGGUGUUAAAAGGUGAACGUGAGCUCUGCAGUGAAUUAUAGAAUUAUUAGAAUUAAUGGCGCCCGGGUUUCACCGAGUUUCUGAACUCCCGGGUUCGGCUGGGCGCCAUCUGGCGGGCACAAUUGGCAGCGCCUGCAGCGGAUACUAAUAGGCCACCGUAUCUGCAGGGUGGGGACCGGGACUACAUGUGGGUGGGUGGGUCUUCAUACGCUGUGUAAGGACCCUGAUUGGCAGAAGAGACGCCCGUGCAGGAGGGCUGUACACGUGUAAAGAAGGCGUGGGCAGCGACGUGCUCUCCUCGGAUGCAGAUCUGCAGUCAGCGGAGGACAGAUUGGAUUUGCUCAAUCGGGAGGAAAAAUGGGGAGAAAAUGCAUAAACAAAAGAAUGAUUAGAAUGAAUAAUUACACAAGUGCCAGAUUCACACGUUCACAUCGACAGAUCAUCCGUAACGAGGACGCCGGACGUGGAGAGGAGGAGGAGGAUCUAUUUUUGUAUGAAUUUUUAGUUGCUGGUUUUAUUGCUGUAUAAAUAAUGAGUUCAUUUUUAAAAGGGACGAGUGAGACGGGCGAUUUGUUCUGUAAAAUAUCAGUGGUGUAUAAAUGUAAAGAAUGAGUUACGAUCUGGGUCAUUAAAAUCCUCACACAGA